GGACGUUUCGACGCCUGGCUUGAGCGCUUUACUUAGUAUUGUGUCUCCCCUUGGACAUUAUUUGCCCCAAAACCGAUCCGCUUUCAAACCACCCACCCCUCCAUCACCCAAAAAUUUCGGGUUGAGUGAAGAAAAGCUUGGGCCAUCACUGACUGGGGCUAUUCUAAUUUCGCAUCGUGAUGUCCACAACUGCCCCAUCGUCAGCGUCGCCAUCGGUCGUCCGCAGCCAUUCCACAACCUCCCGACCUCCUUCCUAUCGCCCUGUUGUCUCGUCCGAUCAUCCUCACCGAACCCGAAGUGUCGCCGUUAGGCCCGCGACAGCUCAUCAAUCCUCUCCACAACACCACUAUCAUCACUCGCAACAUUACCAUUCGCAUUCCCAUUCCAAAUCACAAUCUUAUGAUCGCCGGCCCCCUCCGAACCAAGCGGUAUUUGACAAUAUAGCUCGUCGAGAUUUUGAGCAACCGGUAACUACCCGCCGGAGCAACUCAAGAGAGCGGUCUCAGGAGCGUCCGUCUACUGCUUACCGUGCUGAGCCUCCUUCGAAUAAACAUCACCGGAACUUGUCCGUUCAGGGUCACCAGCGGGAUAGCAUCGAUAUGGCUGCCGCAGGGCCUGUCAUGGCCGAGGGCGUCCCUGGCCCGCAGCAGGUUGCUUCGGGUUCGCGCCUGCAUCCAGGUACCAUGCCGUCCAAGCGUCGCACGACAAUCACCACCCCGUCAGGUCAGUGGGCUUUAGGGAAAACCCUAGGAGCAGGGAGUAUGGGCAAGGUCAAGGUUGGGAAAAACAUCGAGACUGGAGAACAGGUGGCCGUUAAGAUCGUACCCAGGCAGUCGACGGAGGAACAUCGGAGCUCACGCGAUGCUGAACGCGCAGAUCGUUCGAAGGAAAUUCGGACGGCCCGAGAAGCCGCCAUUGUUAGCCUUGUGAACCACCCUUAUAUUUGUGGUAUGAGAGACGUGGUGCGAACCAAUUAUCACUGGUACAUGCUUUUCGAGCUGGUCAAUGGUGGUCAGAUGCUGGAUUAUAUCAUAUCCCAUGGGAAACUAAAGGAGAAGCAAGCACGGAAAUUCGCACGGCAAAUUGCCGGUGCGUUGGAUUACUGUCACCGCAACAGCAUUGUGCAUCGUGACUUGAAGAUCGAAAACAUCUUGAUCAGCAAAACUGGUGACAUCAAAAUCAUCGACUUCGGUCUGAGUAACCUCUUUUCCCCCAGGAGCCUUCUGAAAACAUUCUGUGGAAGUCUUUACUUCGCCGCUCCGGAACUAUUGCAAGCGAGACAAUAUACCGGGCCGGAGGUGGAUGUCUGGAGCUUUGGGAUCGUUCUAUACGUCUUGGUCUGCGGGAAGGUACCGUUCGAUGAUCAAAGCAUGCCAAAGUUGCAUGCGAAAAUCAAGCAGGGUGUGUUUGAGUUCCCGCAGGGGCUGUCUGCAGAAUGUCGCAGCAUAAUUUCGCGCAUGUUGGUUACGGAUCCCAAACAGCGCGCCAGUUUGGCGGAAAUCAUGAACCAUCCGUGGAUGAAUAAAGGAUAUAGUAGUCCUCCUGAAAACUAUCUUCCACACCGCGAACCAUUGCAGCUUCCGCUGGACCCAGAAGUUAUCGAGAAAAUGACGGGCUUCGAUUUCGGCUCGCCAGAAUAUAUCACCACGCAGCUCACCAAGAUAUUAGAAUCCGAAGAUUAUCAGCAUGCCGUAAGAACAAGUAUACGUGAGCACCCGGCGCCGAAUCAUGGAGAGAAGAAGCGUGGCAUGUUCGAUUUCUACAAGCGACGAAAUUCGACGAGCCGAGACACCCUCUCCGCCCCUUCCGCAGAAGCUGUUCAGCUGGGAAAUGAUCCUUUGAAUGCAUACAGUCCCCUGUUGUCCGUUUAUUACCUUGUUAAGGAGAAGCUCGAGAAAGAACGGGCCGAGAAAAAUCCUGGGGCUCUUGGUGUUCCACACUCAGCCGGAGAUGCUAUGCUCCAGAUGCCCGACCUCCCAGCUCCGGAAGCGGCACACACCAAUCAAUAUCAAGUGCCAGGGGAGAAGGACAAUACCAGGCGGGCUCGCCCUCGAGCCAGGACGCAUGGUGACGAUGACCUCGCCGAGGGAGUUAAAAAGCUCCAUCUGGCGCCUGGACAGGGAUCUCCUGCUCCCACAGCGUCACAACCAGAAACCCCUAUAAAGAAAGAAAGCACUGCAGCGGGUAUCCUGAGGCGAUUCAGCACCCGCAGAACAAAGGAUCGCGGCCGCGAUCCAGACCGUGGCAGGGUUUCCAGUCCCCAUGCCCCAUCAUUAAACGUUCAGCCACCUGCCGACUCGGCCUCUCCACUGUCCAGAGGAUUUAGUAUGAGAAGGGCCAGACGUGCCGAGCCAACUCCUGCAAAUAUUCCUUCUGUGGGAAGCCAGCCGCAGCACCAAGAUCUUCUCAAAGCCCCUGGAUCAGAAGAGCCGGCCUCACGAUCCAACAAAUCCCUAGGAAGAUCGACUAGUGUCAACUCAGCUGAUUACCGAGCUCGGCGGGCAGCACGCAGGAACGAUCAAGAUGGGGCAGGCCCGCCACCUCCAACCAGUGGGUCUGAUUAUUCUGGCGCGAGUGCACAUAAAGACCAGACACCUCAGAAGGAGACCAGGACGGGUCGCACGCCUACCUCAAGAACGAUGUCACUCGGCCAUGCUCGCCGUGAGAGUAUACAGGCUCGUAGGGCCAGACGAGAUGCUGCUAGAGAAGCAAAUGUUCCCGAGGAGACUGAUGCAGAUAUCUCUGGCGCAGGAACUGCCCUGGAAAGUGCAAAUGAAGGGGAAGAUCUAUCGAAACCAGUAUACCUCAAGGGUCUUUUCAGUGUUUCCACCACUAGUAGCAAGCCACUCCCCGUCAUUCGAGCCGAUAUUAUCCGCGUCCUUAGACAGCUCUCCGUGGACUACGUUGAAAUCAAGGGAGGCUUUAGCUGCUGCCACACACCGAGCAUUGAGAUAGAUAAAGUGGUUGAUGUCGGGCCUCCAAGCCCCGAUAGGCAGGGCCACAUGUCUAAUCACCGUCGACGCAUCAGUUUCGGAGGGUUCCUGGGCCAUGAUGAUGGCAGGGAGGAGGUUCGACACACUCCCAGGUCCCAACGUCGAACCCGUGCGCCGGAUCAUAGCUUCGUCACCAAUUCAGAGGCAUCCGAAGAAUAUCUUUCUGCGCGUGACAACAAUGUGGUCGUCGGAGAACGCGUCAUGGGUGAGACUACCACGCGAGUCCAAAGCGACACCGGAGAGAACUUGGUUCUCCGAUUUGAAAUCCUUAUUGUCAAAGUGCCGCUGUUCUCUUUGCAUGGCAUCCAAUUUAAAAAGGUGUCCGGCGGCAUGUGGCAAUACCGAGAGAUGGCCAAGAAAAUUCUGGACGCCCUGAAACUCUAAGAUGCAUUUUUAAUCUUCAUACGAUAGCAUGAGACACUACUAUCAGUCAUAAGAAUUAUGGUUGAUGUGAAUGGUCGGUAU